GAGAAAAAUUUUCUUCGCUUUUGAGGAAAAUUUGGAAAACCUUCAAGGUGUGGGUAAUUUCCACGCACGGGGGACGACUUGUUUUGGCAAUUUAAAUACGGAUUCAUUUAAAUAUUUAGAAGAGGUAGCAAAGUGCAUCUUACACGUAUCUAGUUCCUGCCUCGUUCUUGCGGGACUUUCUUAGUCAACAUGGGGGUUUCACUGGCGCUUGUUGUGGUAGUGUUUUGUUUACAAGCUCAUUCUGCAGCUGGUCGUUGGAGAAGAUUCAAAGAAGGGAAAUUCAUCGUCGGAGGGCUUUUUCCCAUAACCGAAGGCCCAGAGUGCACGAAAGUGCGGAGCGAAGGAUUAAUGCUCGCCGAAGCGUUUGUCUAUACCAUAAACAAUGAUUCGCUUUACAGCGAUGCAGUUCUCGGAUAUGAUAUCAGAGACAGUUGUUCGAGCCCCGUGGUGUCUGUGAAAGAGGUUCAAGAUUUUUUGAGAAAUGAAAAUGACGAACAAUCAUUUGUAAACUGUUCAAUGAAAAAUGCAAGCAAACAAUGUGGAGUGCUCGCAUUCGUGGGCCCAGAUUUGUCUGGCAACGCUGUUGUUACGAGUGGCAUACUGAGCGCUUAUGGGGUACCUCAGAUCAGCUAUGGAGUUUCCAGCUCACUUCUCAACGACAAGUCAAUUUUCAGAACGUUUUUCCACACGCGUCCUUCUGAUAAACAAGUUGCAGCAGUGUUGACGAGUCUUAUAACUUAUUUCGGAUGGUCUUGUGUAAAUAUCAUAAGUUCAAGAGAAAGUUUCCAUCGCAGAAUAAUGGGAAACCUGAAACGGGACCUUAAAAAACGCGACAUCUGCGUUCCCUUUCAUGAAGCAGUCGGUAAUGGUGAAUUUUCGCGUAUCGUGAUGGCAAUCAAAGAUCGCAGAAGUAUUUCUGUAAACGUAGUUUUGGGGAGCGAGGAUUUUAUUUCGAAGAUUUUCCACGAAGCACGGGCAAACAAUUUGACAAAAAGAGUGUGGAUUAUAACUGACACGUUAGACGAGCGAUCCCGAUUGGUGGAAGGCUACUAUGACGUAAUGGACGGGAUGCUCACCGUGUCUGUGCCCCAAGAAGGCUUGGGCGGAUUUAAAGAUGUUGUCAGCAUAUUGGUGAAAAAUGUAUCAGAAAUGUAUUGCACUUGGCUCGAAAAAGAUAGCCGCUGGUCCGCUGUCUGUGGUAAUCGUAGCAGUGAGCAAUCCAUCGGCUUGCAGGGAGUGUCAUUGGGCAAAAGUGCUUACGUCAUGAAAGCAGUUCUCGCGGUUACGCAGUCAGUGAAGAAAGUUACCCAGUGUACUACAAAUAGCGAGCAGAGCAGUUUUGACUGCUUGCGGGGAAAUUUUACUCUGCAGUAUGCGCGGCAACUUGUUUUGAAGAACCUAGAAAAUAAUAAGUUUAGAAAUAAUCAAAAUAUCAGUAUAUCCUUUGUCUCUAACCGAGAGUUGAAUAAAGAAUUUGUUGUCAUGAAUGUGCAAGCCAUCUGCAAUCAAACCUUAACGACCACCCAAGUAGGAAAAUGGACCAGGGAGCAGAGACUGGUAAUGAAUGAGACUGACAUUCGUUGGCCUGGUAACGAAUACAGAAUCCCUUAUUCUGGAUGCCGUGAGCGCUGUCCACUAGGCACUUAUACCGAAUAUGGUUUGGAGAAAUGUCGGUGGAACUGCCACAUGUGUCCUGAGGGGACCUUUAAUGAUAACCACACCGCGACCCUUUGUAAAGUUUGCCCGAAGCACCAAAUGGCAAAUGAGCUUCAGAGUUGCUGUGUAGACAAACCAUUCUCAGUAUUAAACUUCGGAGAAAUACUGAUAGUUUUUCUACUGUCCGCGUGUGGACUGGGAGAGAUUCUUACACUGUUCGUGCUGGGAGUUCUAGUGAGAUAUCAGGACACCCCUGUUGUCAAGGCAACGAAUUUAACUUUUACAGUCUUGUCCUUAAUGGUGCUUAUUCUUUGGUUCCUGAACCCUGUUUUGUACAUUGGGAAGCCAUCUGACGUUAUUUGCAAAGCGAGAACCGUUUCUUUUGCAGUUUUGUACACCACUAUCACUGCUGUUCUAUUGACCAAGACGAACCGUUUGAUUAAGAUUUUUUCGGCUCUCAAGCAGCAUUGUUUUCUUAGCAACUGCUGGUACGGUUUCUUGACAUGCGCACUGAUUCUCGUGCAGAUUGGUUUGAGCGUGUUCCACCUUCUGGUUUUCCCGCCAAGAGUUACGUACGAUUACAGCGUCGCAGACGCUUUAGUUUUGUCAUGUGACCACAAUUUGGCCAUUGAUUUGGCUUCGUUAGGUUAUGACACAUUUCUUGCGACAAUUUGCUCGUAUUUAGCUCACAAAUCGCGUAAUCUGCCCAGAGCUUAUAACGAAUUCAAAUGGAUCUGCCUCAGCAUGUUUACAACCUUUUUGUCGUGGACCGCUAUUUUGAUUUGCCGUCACGCGCUGAUUCAUGGAAGGGAAAGCGACGUCUGUACAAUAAUAGCGCUAAUUUUGGGAGCAUAUUCAAUGCUUUUCCUGCUGUUUCUACCCAAAGUUCGUGUUAUUUUUUUUCGACCGGAGAAGAACACGAAACAAGCUGCGAUAGAGAGCACUAGGCGUUACUCCAUCGAUCAGGCUUCUGGGAUUGAUCUGUCGCCGAUUCAGGGCACGACCUUUAGAAGGAACACCUCGCCAGCGUGUCUAGCGUUUCAGUUUAUGAACGGAUCGACAAACAAAUUACCAGUAGUAAAACAAUACCUGGGACCGAGGCGCUCUCAAGGGUCAAUUAUUGCGACCAUAAAGGAGUUACCUGAAGAGAGGAAAUCAAGCGUCUGAAUUUCUUUUUCGUUGUAUCAGCAAGUUUCGGAUAGAAGGAGGAAUUGUGGAAUGAGUUUUUUGGGUGUGCGUGUCCUGGUAGGAGCGAAGAAAGGGACGGGGGGGUGGCGCGGCGUGAAACAGUUUCAUUCCUAUCUUAUUGCAGGAUUAAGAGCCGUUUUAUGGUUUUUAAAGGGUAAAAAAUUAAUCUUACUUAUUUUAGGUUUUUACAUUUUCUUACCCAAAUUACAUUAGAAUAUAAAAUGGUUUGGCAGCUUGCUUCUCAUUUUUGACAAACUUCUCUUGAAUGUCUCUUAAAUUAUUAUAUUUAAUUCUAUAAAAUAACUGAGAUAGUGCGAGGUCUCUGAUUGGUCAAAAGCCUAUUGUUUAUUGCACUGGUAAACCCAUUAAAAAAAAAAAAGAUUUGUAAAUUCCAAUUCUCCGGCUUGUGAUCAUUAUUUACAAACUUUUCUCGUGUCUUCCUACAUCCUGCGUGGGUUAUUGCCCUGGUAAACCCGUAGAAAGUGCGUUCUAUGGCAUGUAACUGUUAUACAUAACUGUUAUGAAUAAACUUGUCUUCUCACGGAGCUUUCAUACAAUCCCAUUUAGUUUUCAUACACAUUGAAAUGCAGCAGUAAUGAGUUGUGACGAUCUAAACAUUAUAACAAAAUUUCUCAGCUUACCAAACACGUUUCGACUUUAUUCAGUUUAUUCCCCUCAGUUGGAAAUGUUUUGGUCCUCUUUUUUAGUUUUCUCACUAAAUGGGUUUUAAAAACUAAUUACAAUCAAUACUAAAUCAAAACUCAUGAACUUAAAAAUAUGUCUCAAUCCUAAAAAAAACUACCGAGAAAUUCCUUUAAAUAUCUCUUAAAGGUUGAAAAAUUGACACAUUUUCUUACUUCAUGUGGGAGAGAAUUCCAGAAACUUGUUGCACGGUAUAAAAAUGUUUCUUGCCCGUGUCAAACUUCUCAUACAAUAGGGAAAUCAAUAUACUGAAAAUGUCUUAAAUAUAAAAGAUUACGGAUAAUGUGAAUUGACCAUGUUAAUAUAUGUAGACUACAGAAGGUGGCAUGCCGAGAAAAGUGCCCUGAUGGAGAAUCUGUAUUAUAACAUAACCAAAGUAAAGCCCGCGCUCUGAUUGGUCAAUUUAGCGUCCCCCAUUUGCCC